CGUGGUCAGGGAGGCCGCCAGCCGGGCCCGGCCGGGCUUUGCGCCAUGGAAGAAGAAGCGCGGCGGAGGCGUUGAGGGGCGCCUUGCCGGGGAGCGAAGGCGAGCGGGGCCACGAGGCGGAGAAGCCGGAGCUGCUGGAGAAGAGAUGAGCGGCGUCGGCGGUAGCGGCGCUCCUUCGGGGCCGGGCUCCGGCUCAGCGCCCUGCCGCUUCGCCCACUACUUCGUGCUGUGCGGGAUCGACGCCGACAGCGGCUUGGAGCCGGAUGAAUUAGCAGUCUUAUACCAGUGGCUAGAAGCCGACCGCCAUGGCAGGAAUUCAGAUACUGCAAACAGAACAUCAGGAGAAAAUUUUGACCAGAGUCCCUUGAGAAGAACUUUCAAGUCAAAAGUCUUGGCUCACUAUCCCCAAAAUAUAGAAUGGAACCCCUUUGAUCAAGAUGCCGUCAACAUGCUAUGCAUGCCCAAAGGGCUAUCCUUCAGGACUCAAUCUGACCACAGAGACCCCCAGUUCCAUUCGUUCAUCAUUACGCGGGAAGAUGGGUCCCGCACCUAUGGAUUUGUACUCACGUUUUUCGAGGAGGUCACAAGCAAGCAGAUCUGUGCGGCCAUGCAAACUCUUUACCAGAUGCACAAUGCGGAGCAAUGCAACAGUGUCUCUGCCUCGUCGUCAUGCAGCAUGGACUCGCUGGCCAGUAGUCUGGAUGAAGGAGACUCCACAUCCCUGGCUAAAAUGCAGCGCUGCAACUCGUACGACAUCAACAGGGACACGCUGUAUGUUUCCAAGUGUAUAUGUGUCAUUGCUCCCCUGCCUUUCAUGCAGGCGUGCAAGAAAUUCCUCAUCCAGCUUUACAAAGCCGUCACUUCCCAGCAACCUCCACCUUUGCCUCUGGAAAGCUACAUCCAUAACAUUCUCUAUGAAGUACCCCUUCCGCCCCCAGGAAGAUCCCUCAAAUUCUAUGGGGUUUAUGAGCCUAUAAUCUGCCAGAGACCGGGCCCUAAUGAACUCCCCCUAUAUGACUAUGCUCUCCGGGAAGCCUUUGAGCUGCUGGGCUUGGAGAAUCUCAUUCAAGUGUUUACAUGUGUCCUCCUAGAAAUGCAGAUCCUUCUUUAUUCUCAAGACUAUCAGCGUCUGAUGACGGUUGCGGAAGGGAUCACCACCUUGUUGUUCCCAUUCCAGUGGCAACAUGUGUAUGUCCCCAUCCUUCCAGCCUCACUCUUACAUUUCCUGGAUGCUCCUGUACCUUACUUGAUGGGCCUCCAAUCCAAAGAAGGAACAGAUCGCUCUAAGCUGGAACUUCCUCAAGAGGCCAACCUCUGUUUCGUGGAUAUUGAUAACCACUUCAUUGAGCUACCAGAAGAGCUUCCUCAGUUCCCCAAUAAGCUCAAUUUCAUCCAAGAAAUCUCAGAGGUUCUCCUUCAGUUUGGGGUUCCCCUUGAGGGCCAGCAUCACUGUAGCGAGAGUGCGGCCAAGUUAAAAAACCUUGUCCUUAACGACUUGGCCAACGACAAAAAGAACGGGAAUGUGCCCAGCAACACCAUCAACGUCUAUGAGCUGCUCAAAGGCAACGAGACGAUCGCCCGGCUCCACGCUUUGGCAAAGAGGACAGGAGUGGCGGUAGACAAAAUGACGAUUACUGCUUCUUUAGCAGAAAAAGAAACGGAUGUUAAACGCCACUGUGAUGAACAGGAACUGAAGGACUACAAGCUGAAUGUCCAGCUCCGGGAGGUCUUUGCCAACCGCUUCACGCAGAUGUUUUCCGAUUAUGACGCUUUUGUCAUUCAAGCGGCACAGGAUAGAGAAUCCUGGCUGACCAACAGGGAACAGAUGCAAAAUUUUGACAAAGCUUCAUUUCUCUCAGAUCAACCAGAGCCUUACCUUCCUUUCCUCUCCCACUUCAUUGAAACCCAAAUGUUUGCAACGUUCAUUGACAAUAAAAUUAUGUCCCAAUGGGAAGAAAAAGAUCCAUUUCUGCGAGUCUUUGACUCUCGAGUUGAAAAAAUGAGACUCUAUAAUGUCAGGAUUCCCUCAUUGAGAACAUCGACAUAUCAGAAAUGCACUACGUUAAAAGAAGCAGCUCAGGCAAUUGAACAACGGCUGAUAAAGAUGGAUCACACUGCAAUUCAUCCGCACUUACUUGAUAUGAAGAUAGGUCAAGGCAAAUACGAGCAAGGUUUCUUCCCCAAACUUCAAUCAGAUGUGUUGGCAGCUGGGCCUAUCAAUAACAAUCGGUGGGUGAGCCGCAGUACUACUGCCCAACGGAGGAAAGAUCGCAUUCGACAACAUUCGGAACACAUUGCCCUGGACAAUGAGUUAAGGGAGAAAUACAUGCAAGAAGCAAGGACCCUGGGGAAAAAUCUCAGACAGCCCAAACUCUCUGAUCUUUCUCCUGCUGUAAUUGCCCAGACAAAUUCGAAAUUUGUAGAAGGUUUACUCAAAGAAUGUCGAAUGAAGACCAAACGUAUGCUAGUAGAGAAGAUGGGUCACGAAGCAGUGGAACUUGGCCACGGAGAGGCCAACAUCACAGGACUAGAAGAAAAUACACUGAUUGCUAGUCUUUGUGAUUUGUUGGAAAGAAUUUGGAGCCAUGGAUUACAGAUCAAACAGGGAAAAUCUGCAUUGUGGUCCCAUUUAAUUCAGUACCAGGAAAGAGAAGAGAAGCAGGAGCAGCUUGCAGAAUCUCCAGUUGCUGUCGGACCAGAAAGAAGGAAAUCUGACACGGGUUUUAUGUUACCUACUCUAAGAGUUUCACUUAUCAGUGAUAUGAGGCACAUUCAGAACAUGAGUGAAAUAAAAACUGAUGUCGGUCGGGCCCGGGCAUGGAUAAGACUGUCUCUUGAAAAGAAGCUAUUGUCUCAACAUCUGAAGCAGCUCCUCUCUAAUCAAGCUCUGGCAAGGUAAGUUCUCCAAGGCUGGUCCUUCCCGAAUC